AGAGUUCAUUUGACGUAACUGUAUGCUGACGUACACUUUUGUGUUUGUAUGCGGCUGUAAGCAAGCAGGGACAUCGACUGCACCAACCAAGAGGAAAUGCUCUGAAAUAUCUCAAGGCUGUCCACUCCCGACCCCAGAGCUGCGAAGUGCUAUGGCGGUGUUUGCGCUAAUGAUGCUGGAGGAAGGCGUCGGAGACGAGGUGACACUGGUUGGUGGCGUGCUCCUCCUGGCCUUGGCCAUGGUCCUUGCGUGGCUCUCCACGCAUGUGGCCGAGAAUGGCGACCACAUGAUGGGCACUAUCAUCUCCCCGCUGGUGGGUCUGGGAAACGCUGAUCCAUACAGUCGGUCAGCUCCCAGCGCCGACCCCGUGGAGCCCGAGCCGACCACGCACUCUCAGGAGGACAAGCCAGAGGAUGAGGACUCGGGACUGGACUCCGCAGGAGGUGAGGAUUCAUCCCUGGACGAUGCCAGCGGACCAGCUGUCAGCGGUGUUGUAGACCAGCAUUUGGACAUACAGGGUCUCCACAAACGGACAGUAGUACCAAGCAGCCCUGUAUCCGCAAUCCCCUCCUCUUUGCCCUCAGAGGAGUGCCUGGACACGGAGAAGGGGAAACCAACAGAGGGAAUGACCACUUCCUCCUCUUCCUCUGCCACAGCCACAGACAUCACAGUGAGGCUGAAGUUUCUGAACGACACAGAGGAGCUGGCUGUUCUCGGGCCCCAGGCCACCGUUGGCCUCCUCACAAGUAAAUAUUUCUCGGGGAAGGAGCGUCAGAUCAAGCUGAUUUUCCAGGGCCAGUUGCUCCGAGAUCCCAACCAGACGCUGCUCUCUCUCAACAUCACCCACAACAGUGUCAUCCACUGCCACAUCUCCCAGAACGCACCACCAGAGGGCGCUCCUCCAGGGGCAGACCCCAGGUCUGAAGGGGCGUCCCUGGGCUCGCAGGCAGAGUCGAGGAUGGAUCCUGGAGCCGGGUCUGCACCGGCCGCAGACGGAGGACUGGACAUGAACGUGGGCAGUCUGGUAGUGCCCAUGUUCGUGCUGACGCUGGCGGUCAUCUGGUACUUCCGCAUCAACUACAGACAGCUGUUCACGGCGCCGGCCACCAUAUCCCUAGUAGGAGUCACCAUCUUCUUCAGCUUCUUAAUCUUUGGCAUGUACGGACGCUGAGGCCCACCGGGAGCAUCACGGAGAGGAGCUGUGGUGACGGUGACGUUAGAGGGGUUGCCAGGUUGGAGUGAGGUGCAGAGAUCCGCUUGCACUUGAGUGCAAGCAUGAAAAUUCUAUGGCAUGGCCGUGUUUUGUACUUUUUAUGGCAUGCGAAGGACAUCAGCAUGUGUCCAAAGAGAGUAAUGUUAUUAAAAAACAAAUACGAAGUCAGAAUGGGCUUUUCUAUUGUGGAAUUCGAAUAUUGAUUGUGUUGGCAUUCUUGCAGUCCAGGAACAAGUACAGCAUAAAACAAUUUCACAACUUAAAUAGACGUUUGGCGAGACGUUUGGUAAUCGCCAUGGUGAUCGGCAACAGUCCACAACAUUACCGCAUCAGUUAUAGAAACUUGCAUUGCAGUCACGUCUUUAAAUACAAGCUUCAUUCUGACCUCUAUUGUAUGUGUGUGAUAAGGAUGCCUUAAAGUAACGGUGUCUGAAAAGGAACUGUAAUGUGACAGGCAUACUGUAUGUACACACACACAAGAUGUCUCACGUUACCACAGUGCUGUAUGAGGACAUUAACUCACACUGUUUCUAUACUGUAUAUGAAGCAUAUUUCAUUCCAGAGUGGAACCUCAUUGUCUCCUGUUGACUUUGUACUCAAUCUGAUGUGAAUAAAGAGUGAUGUGGAAAUGA